CGAAUGUAUUUCCCAGGACUAUCAGAAGCCUUUUUUCGUUUUCCUUAAUUUCUGUGCAAUAAACUUUGACUUAAAAUGAGACUAGGCAACUGCUGUGACCUCUCCCACUUCUGCAUGAAAAGGUCAAAUCAUACACCUGCCCAUGGAAGCUAUUUUCAUCAAGGGAAUAAAAGCCGCGCAACGACCUUCAAACGGGAUUACCGAUGUAUCGCGAGUGCGGCAUUUCACGAUAUGCCCCAGACCUGAGAGACGUGCCGUGUAAACGACACAUUCUCCCGACGAAGCUCUUAAUCGGUGCUCCAAGUUUCGCUCCUCGAAGAAUAAAAAAUAAUCUACAAACAGUGCACAUAUUACAAAAGUAAUAUGUUUCAAACGGCGCAAAUGUACAGUGCGGCAGCGUAUAGAUUCCCCGUAUAAGAAGAGUGUCCAGAGCUCUUUCCCCCAAGUCCACAUUUGAGCAGACAUGAGCUGCCUCUGCCAACCGCGUGUUUUUGGGGGGGGAGGUGGUGAUGGUGGCUGCUGCAGCGGUGGCGGCGGCGGCGUCGAAGGAAACUGCAGUCCUCUGAGCAGGAAGCGAAACAGUGGCAGCACAAUGGACGAAUUCGACAAGGCCAGCACAGUGGCCCAAGCGGAUGACACGGAUUACAUAUCUCCACGCACACCGGCCGAUCUAGACCCGGAUCCGGAAACCCCUGCCGACGCCGAAGAGAAUGACGAGUUUACUCAUCUUUGCGCCUUUCGGCGAAAGGUCUACGAUGCCAUAGCAGCCCUGAACGAUGAAAGCUUUGACAAGCACAUGGCCCGACUGCUAAUGCAUUAUGAAAGUGCCAUUCGGGAGGAGUUUGAGCUGGCCCAGUUAUCACCGGAGCGCUGCCGCAAACUAGCCCGUAUCCUUAUCAGCCUUACUGACGUUGUCCACACGAUGGCCCAAGGUCGUACGCAGCGUCAGGAGGACGGCUACCGCCAGCGCAUGUGCCAUAUAAUGGGAUUCUACAUUUCCUGCGAGCUUUGCGCCGCCCAGGAGCCCAUCGAAAGUGAACAGUGCAUCGUCAACAGGAUCAGCAGCUGCCUGAAGCUCUAUGUGGAGUAUGGAACGGGUGGCGCUGGCGUCCACCGGGAGCAUGUGCUGCGCACACUUCUCGCCGCCCCGAAGCUCUUCAACAGGGCCAGCAUUUUAUCUGUGCUUUACAGCCGUCUAUUCCCCCACUGGAAGAUGCCUAGCAUUAUGUUGCAACUGGAGCUGCCGGAUAAAUUAUACAUCGAAUACAUACUCAUAUUCUACUACUGGCAGCGCCUGGAGCCGGAUAAGGCGGUCAAGGAGCGCAUCGUGGACUUUGCCGACAAGUUUAUGCGGCCCUCAAAGUCGCUGGCCAUGAACAGCAUGUACGCCAACUACCUGCCCAAGUACACGGCCCAGAAUGCUGCCACCCGCACCAUAUUGGAAUACCUGCGACUCAGCAGCGGAGCCAGUCUGCACGUGGCAAGCAAGGCGGACAACCGUCUGCCCCAGUCCGACGAAGUGAUACUCAGUUCAGAUGACGAGGACAGCUGCCCGCUGUGGGAUAGCAUGGAAGCUGCUCCAACCACAACUACGAACAAUCAUCCGCCCAUUUUUCUUCAGAAUCUCUGCCGAAAUGCUCGCCAGCUGGAGCCGUGCAAGCGGGCCACGGCUCUGUUUAGCGGCAUCGACAACUCCAUCGAAAUUGUCGAGUUGCGCGACUCCGACGACGAAGUGGAGAUGUUUUCGGUCAAUUUUAAUGUGCCAGCCAAUGUGGAUGGAAAUACUUCGAACUCCAACUCAAACGACGCCAACCAGAUCACAACGAUUCACGUGGAGGACGAUUCAAUGGCCGUCACCCGCAUCUAUCCCAGCAAUCUGCGAACCUACAAAAGAGCGGUGACCCUGGCUCCGUCCCCCACCUACACAGUUCCCAGAAUUGUGAGCAGCUACAGCUGUCGCCGAGAUAGUCUUCAUUUGGUGUCGACCACAGCCCCCCAUCUCGUCGAUCAGGGCGUGCAGAGCUCGACCAAUCAGGACGAGUACGACAACGACGGGAGUGAGGUUGACCAGUCCCACGUCCAAAAACGAGGCUUCCACUAUUUGAGAAGCCGAAGGACCACUUUGAGCAGUGGUAGUGGAUCAAAUACUCCCUUGCAUCACAGCCGCCAGUCUUCUAGUCAGAACAGCCACUGCAGCGAAACGUCGCUCACGAAGAAGCAGGUCACCUUUAGUCCCCAGCACCUGGGAGCCACUGCAUCCAGCUCCUACUCAGGGGCACUCAAAAAGCCGGCCAUUAAGCGGUACAAGUCGACCACUCCAGCUGAUCGUUUAGAAGCUCUUCGACAAACAACGCGCAAGGACCACUUCCAGGCCAGUGCGCAAAUGUUUGCCAAACUGGAGGCCAAGAAGAUAAAGCACACUCGAGAGUACACGCCGAGCCAGUUGACCCCCACCACCACAAACUCCUCCAGUGGCACCCCUCCCCGCAACGGUGCCCCGCCUCAAAAGCAGAAAGUGGUUCUUCCCACACCGCCAGCAUCGACGCACAGUUCAAGCAGUCCCUGCCAGGUACAAAGAGCCUCCACUGACACGCUCAGCUCCAUUGACCAGGAGAAGCUAUGGUCGCAUAACAAGUACUACGACCUCCCACGUCGAUUCCCCAAAACCAGCAUCAGCGAUCAAGUGAAGUUCUACAACCAGCUGCUGAGUAUUCAGCGGGAGAAGAUCCGCCGGCACAGAUUGAAGGCGAAGGCUCUUCGGGAGAUGCAGGCCAAGGUCGAUUACCGGAAGCUCAAGAAGCAGGCGGAGAAGCAGUGCCGCCAGCUGCGAAAAUUGAACGCGAAACGGCGGAAGGAGCUAAGGCGUUUGGAGCACGAUCUCGCCAUUAUCAGGAACUGUGCUAUUAAAAGAUAUCCCAUUGUAAGACUGAAACGAUGUAAUCUUAAGCGCUUGGAGUUGCCUGCCAAUUCAAAUCAGAAAACGCAGAAGCAACAGGAGGAGCAGCCGCAAGAGACUCCUAAGGAGAAGAAUCAAGAGAAGCACGGGAAGCUAUCCAACGAAGAAAAGCCCUUGUUGGAGAAGAAAAAAAGGCCGGAGAAGGCCAAAAAGAAGAAAAAGAAGUUGAAGAAGUCCAAGGAGGAAGAAGUACAGAAAAGGGAAACGUCCAAAGGGAAGAGAUCCAAACCAGAGAAGGAAAAACAGUUGAAGGAGAAGCCCACGAGCUUGGACAAGGCUGUUGAAAAGGAGAAGAGAGUAAGGCUUCGUACAGCGGAUAAAUUGGAGAAGAAGAAAAGGCCAAAGCAGGAGAAAGCUAAGAAAAAGAAUAAACAGUCGAUGGAGAAGCCAAAGCAUGUGGAGGAGCAUAUCCAUACGGACGAAGUAGAACGACAAGUGCCAGAAGAAUCGCAGGAGGAUCAUCGGUUGAAGGAGCCUGAGUCGACUCAGCUGGAAACCCCCCAGCAACCGCCGCAGAAUCGCAAGCGUCGAAAGCGCCGUAGGGCUCAUUCCAUUUGGAGUCAUAUAAAGAGCCGGAAAAAGAAACAUCCAGAAAUUGAAGCACCAAUAGAGGAGUUACAAGUAGAUUCCAGAUUGGAAACAGAGCCGGUAGCCGAAGAACCCGAACCAGCUGCAGAGGAAGUGCCAUCACCCAUUUUCGAGGAGCAGGACCAGAAUAUGGUUCCCGAGGUGGGAAACGAACUGGAGGUUCGACCCGACAAUCUAGAGCCGGAAGAGGAUGAAACCAGUAGACUUCUCACGCCUGCUAAUGACAACGAUCUCGAUCAGGUUACCAGCCAUGUGCCCGUGUACUUGCUCAACGGCGAGAGCCGUGAUGUCAGCACUCCCCUGCCCAGCAGCCAGUCAAGUGCCAGCGAAGGAUUGAAUUAGAUUAGAUUAGGACGUCCAGUCACGCCACCCACCAAGCCCAGUUCUAGUAGUUGCCACGCCCUCUCUUGGCCAGCAAUAGUAUUUAUUUUGAGCUUUCCCCCAGCGACGCCUAACCCAGUGUUGAUGCACCGGACCUUAAUUUAGAUCUUACGUAGCCAAUUAGAAAUUGUUAAAUAUUAUUAUUUUUUUUAUUUUAUUUUAAGGCUUCAAAUGCAAUCUAUCCUAGUUCUCGAUGAACCCAACGCGUACCAAAUUCUGGCAUUAUCCCGUGUCAAUUUUAAUGAAAUGCAACUAUAUAUAUAUCUAAAUAUAACGAUAUGAAAUUAUUAGUGUAUAUGAUGAGGUAAUUCACAUAAUAAUAUAAGCAGCAACUGUUUGAUAGUUUGUUCUCUUAAUUGAGGGAGUUUUGGGCUAAAAAGAAAACAUCAUUUAGGUUGAAAACUAAGCAAUCUAGCAACAGGUUUUCCUUCGUUCCAAAAGCAUGAUAGUUUGUAGUCACUUUUUAUCAGAGAGAACAUACAAUUUAUAUUUUUUACGAAUAUUGUGAUUUAAUAAACAAUUAAUGGAAAGCCAUAACAGAAACAAAA